CCAUUUUUAAGUGCGAAAAAUUUUGGUGUUUUUCAUACGGGCUUCUAAAAAAUGUAAUACACUAAAAAGCCGAAAUCACUCUGUUCUACUAAAAAAUUGUGGGAUUUCGUGAGUGUUUAAAACAGAGGAUAACAAUAUAAACAAACUGUGAUUCUAGAGGAAACUAAACAUCUUGAAAUCUAAUUAUUGCGAAUAUGUCACAAAUGGACACAUCACAGGUGCAAAUGGUGCGCUCCGCGAAAGGCAUCGACAUGUUAUGUGUCGACAAUUUUCUAUAUCAUUUUGUUGAUCGCGGCAAUAAAAGAUGCCGGUGGGUAUGCAAUAGGUUGAAAAGUAAAUACCAGCCGUGUAGAUCACGAAUAGCCACUGUUAUUAUUGAUGGCGACGAGUCUCAGCACAAGGUAGUACGAGUAACAAGUGAACACACGCACGAACGUUGUUCAGAAAAAGAAAUAUCCAAGGUAGUUGAACGAAAGCUUAAAGCAGACAUUGCUGGCAAACCGUGCACGCUGAAAAACAAGCAUCUUAAAUACAAACAAGAUUUGUCACUGGAAGAACAGGAAGAAGAACCUAUUUCGAGUAUACAAAAUGAUGAGGGCAUGGAAUCCGAUGAGUGGCCGGCAGAUGAUGAAAAUGACAUGUAUCCUAAGCAAACUAAAGCAAAAAAGCUAACUUUCGAAGAUACUAAUGUUUAUGAAGGAGCUAAUGAUGAUAGCGCCCUUCAAGGAGGAGGAUACUUUUUCAACUUUGAAAAAGAAAAGUUAUAUAUGCUGAAAACUGCACUUGGACGCCAAAUGAUAUGCGUGGAAGGGUUUCUUUACCGUUUAGAAUCAAAGUCUAUCACGUCGAGCACUCAUCGUUGGGAGUGUAUUAAACAAGAUCCUCAAUGUAAGGCUCGUAUUCUUACCGAGUAUCUAUCGAAUGGCACUCAUCGUUUAAAGGAUCGUCAAUUGGUAGAUCACAAUCACGACGGUUAUACUCCAUGGAAACUAACCAAGCUACUCCUCAAGAACAAUAUAACCGUACAAACAGAAAAUGGCGAGGAAGAUAAAGAUUUCCAAUCAAUUGAACCACUGGAAGUACCACAAAACGAAGCUUGUACUACACUUUCAAAUAAACCCCCGAAAAAGCGUAUAAUAGAAAGUUUUAACGCUAAAACUCAAAAUUCACCAAACGAAAUCGGUAGCUGUACCCAAGCUAAACCCAGACGACUUCGAACAAAGGCAAAGCCCGUGACCUACACCUAUUCAGCUGAUCCUCUCGCUGCACUUUCUACCAGCACAAAAAUUGACUCGGAUAAAGCGAAAUUCACUUUUUUACCAUCAGCAAAGGGAAAUAAAGUGCUCUGCCUGGACAAUUACAUUUAUCAUUUGGAUACGCGAAGUCCUCGCAAUGGACGUGCGUAUUGGACAUGUCUUUUGCGCCGCGACAAGUUUUAUAAGUGCAAUGCACGUGUUACGACCGAAAUGACCAACAAGGGUCCAAUUAUUGUUCGAGUUUCUGGAACGCAUAUACACUCCGAUCAUUCGCAAGACAUUAAGCGGCGCUUAUGCAGAAGCUUUGUGGUGUUGAAUGCUAAGAAAGCGGGCAUUAAAAAAGAAAAUAUACUUAACGAAUCUGGCAAUGAGUUAAAUGAAAAAUUUAAAGAGAUAGUGGAAAAGUCCAAGGAAACCAUUGAACGUAGUAUUGGACGAUUAUGUAAGGAAGAAAAAGACAAGGAUGAACAAGCGACUCUGAAGAGCUCGAAAUGCCUCGCUUUAGAUGAGAGUACUGUUUCCAGCUUCUCCAGUGUUUUAGACUCCGAUGAUGAUCACCUAGAUAGUACAGCUACCCUACCUACAAAAUUAGAAGAGAUGCGGCAAGGCACCAAAUUGCAUUGUGCAUACGACAACUCCGAAAUAGUGUCAACAAUUACAUGUGAAAAUACACAGAAGCAAGAAGUAAUCUUCAAUUCCACAUACGAAGAUUUGGUAGAGGAAAUGGCGGCGGGAGAUGAAAUGGAAGUAGAAUAUUUGGAUAUAAAUACAUAUACCAAUAAUGAUGAUCACUUGGAUAUAAGUGCAUGCGCAAAUAAUGACUAUUUUGGUUUACCGGGGGACCGCCAAAAAGCUCUAUUUGAAACAAGCUUAACUCUUGACACGGAAAUGAAUCUGAACAAUGUGUCAACUUUGCGUUCAGCCAAAGGCGGUGAAUUAUUAUGUGUUGACGGUUACAUUUAUCAUUUGAAAAGUACGCAAAAUAAUCGCACUUAUUGGUCGUGUAUAAAAUGCAAAGAUCCCGAGCUCAACUGUAAGAGUCGUGUAUCCACAAUCACCGUGAAUAAUGAGAUACGCGUUUUUCGAACCACCAACCAUCAUACGCAUGCCGUGAUUGAAUCUGACAUUAAACGUCGUUUAUAUAACGAAAUACAAAAUGACAAAAACGUCAAAAUGACAGAGCAAGCAUUUGAAGGGUCAAUUGAUGCUUUAAAUGUAAAAUAUACAAAAAUCUUGGGCAAAGAUUCUAGUACAAAAAAAGGAUUGGAUAAUUUUGAUACGGAAAUUGAAGAUGCAAUAGGUAUGACAAUGAAAUUGUAUGCUGUAUCCGAUGGCCCACCAUCGCUAGCCGUGCGCAUGGUGCUCCAUGCUCUCAAUAUACCCUACGAACUGGUUAGCAUUGACUUUAUCGCAGGUCAACAUAUGACAGAUGAGUAUGCCAAGAUGAAUCCCCAAAAGGAGAUUCCGGUUCUUGAUGAUGAUGGCUUUUAUUUACCUGAAAGCGUCGCCAUAAUGCAGUAUCUUUGCGAUAAAUAUUCACCAACCAGCAAACUAUAUCCGCGCGAAGCAACUCAACGUGCCAUUGUAAAUCAUAGGAUGUGCUUCAAUAUGGGAUUCUAUUAUUCUGCAAUUUCAGCACAUAGCAUGGCACCCAUAUUCUUUGAUUAUCAGCGUACCGAUAUGAGUUUGAAAAAAGUCAAUAAUGCGUUGAAUGUCUUUGAAACGUAUUUACAAGAAGGGGGCACAAAGUAUGCCGCUGCAGAUUUUCUAACUAUUGCCGAUUUCGCUUUGGUCUCGGCCACUUUAUGUUUGGAAGCAAUAAGUUUUGAUUUAUCAAACUAUCCAUUGGUGCAAAAGUGGUAUGAAACAUUUAAAAAGGAAAAUCCCGAAUUAUGGGAAAUCGCUAAAAGUGGAAUGCUGGAAAUUGCCGAAUUCGAAAAAAAUCCACCUGACCUUUCACAUAUGAAUCAUCCAUUCCAUCCGACUCGCAAACCGAAAGUAUAAUAAGUUUGAAGCAUUUGGAGCUUGUAACAGAAAUCUUGUACACUUUUAAGUGUUUUUCGAGCCGAAGUACUUGAAAAAGUUGCAUAAAGCUUUGCUUUUAUUAUAUUAUUUAUAUUUUAUUGAUAUUAAAUCAUUUACGGCAUAAAAAUACAAUAUAAA